CACAGGAAGAAACAUGCGCUGAACUUCCUGCAACCUGGCCGCUGCAACCUGUCGGGCCGACGUCCCCGUCCUGAGCGAGCGAAACAAAACGAUCUCAGCAAAGCCAUGUCUUUUCUUCGCAGGCUCACGGGGCCGCGGUGUGUAGUGUGGCGGGGGCUGGGUGUCACUCCGCCGGAUUCACACGACGGAGCUGUCGGUCUUAUCCUGCGGGUCGGAGUGGCGCUGAUGCCCGGUGGAGGCCGCCCUCUGACGGGACACACGCGCACACACACCCGUAGACAACACACAGAUCCGGCUGAUCCUGUAGAGGUGGAUCUAAAGCGAUUAGAUGGGGAGGACACCGGAAUAGCAGAGGUGCUGAUGUGCCGGCACAAGGCAAGGAAUGCUCUGGGCCAUGUGUUUGUGUCACAGAUGAGGGAUCUGGUGUCUGCUUUGUCCCAUGACUCAGCUGUGCGUGUUGUUAUCUUCAGGAGCUUAGUGCCAGGGGUCUUCUGUGCAGGUGCCGAUCUGAAAGAGAGGGCUCAGAUGAACAAUGUGGAGUCUGAUCUGUUUGUUCAUGGCCUGCGAUCGCUCAUGAAUCAGAUUGCAUCGUUGCCCAUGCCAACCAUCGCGGCAAUGGACGGCUUUGCCCUCGGGGGUGGACUGGAACUGGCCUUGGCCUGCGACCUUCGCACUGCCGCACAUUCUGCACAGAUGGGUCUGAUUGAGACGACGCGGGGGUUGCUCCCAGGGGCGGGGGGUAGUCAGCGGCUACCGCGGGCGGUUGGCAUCUCUCUGGCCAAAGAGCUCAUCUUCACAGGUAGGCGUGUGGGAGGGCAGACAGCUCUGGAGCUGGGGCUCGUAAACAGAGCCACAGAACAGAACCAGACAGGAGAUGCUGCCUACAGAGAGGCACUCAGCCUGGCAAGAGAGAUACUGCCCCAGGCUCCUAUUGCUGUGCGGAUGGCAAAAGAGGCAAUGAACAGAGGCUCGGAGGUUGACAUUAUUUCAGGAAUGGCAAUAGAGAGGAUGUGUUAUGCCCAGGUCAUCCCAACACGGGACAGACAGGAGGGGAUGGCUGCCUUCAUAGAGAAGAGACCAGCACAAUAUACUGGAGAGUAAUAUUAUAUAACCCCUUUUGACUGAUUGUACUUCUCUCUCUCACAUUGACAGGCUCACCUUACACAACCUCCACUGUCCAUUUACAGUUAAUUCCCAUUGAUUGUCUGUGUGCAUUCCAGGCCAUUGUCAAUAUAUUACUUAAAUCAUCACGAGUACUCAGUGGUGUCAUGUUAGGACAUUCAGGAUGACACUCAGACCUGCUUUUCACUGAAUACAAAACACAAACUAUGUAAUAUGUGACAGUCAAAAUACAAUAAACAUAGUUUUUAUA